GCAGCUGGAGCAGGAGAAACAGCAGCGCGAGCAAGCAGACGCAGCGCGCGAGCAGACGCAGAGCCAGCUGGAGCAAGAGAAGCAGCAGCGCGAGCUCGCAGAGGCACAGCUAGAGAAAACAACACUUUACGAGUACCUAUUCUACUGCCACCUCUACCUCACUAAGCCUAUGCAGGUCGGCAGCGCCGACAAAUCGACCCAAGGUACCACAACCAAGGUCACUGGCAGAUGCUACCCUGGCAAGAUUCUUCCGUGGGAAGACUUUCUUAAAUCUCAGGAAGAUCAGUUUAACCGUCUCCGACAUAUCUUUGGUGAGGAGAGACUCUUCACACCAAGGUCACAUAUUGAAUCAUUAGGUGAGAAGGUCUGCCGAAAAGAGCUUAGAUCUGAAGACGACCUCAAAAUCCACCAGCAUUCAGCAAUUCAAAUACCAGUUGAAGAUAUUUUUUCUGUCAGGUCACAACAUUUAGACUGGGAGGAUUUAAAUAUUGGCAACGGCUUGGUGUUUGAGAAUCAUGAGAACGCCCUCAAAAACUCGAGCAAAGAAGUUGAAGGGGCCUCCCAAAGCCUCUUCAAGAGUCUACCUAAAGACCAGCUCUGUAGCUUUAUAUACAGGGGCGGUGUCCAUCGACUGGCAUUCAUAAUUGAAUAUAAGGCACCCCAUAAGAUCUCAGUUGAGCAAUUCCGCGAGGCGCUCUGCAAGCCAAACCUGUGCCAGGAUGUUGUUAACCUAGGAAUAAUCAGCAAUGAUGCAACAUUGAAAGCUCAAGAAAAGGCUAAUAAAAUAGCUGCAAUGAUUUUAACACAAAUAUUCCACUAUAUGGUUGAGAAACGUCUCCCAUAUAGUUAUAUCAGCACUGGAGAAGCAUUUGUGUUCCUCCAGAUUAAGGAAGACGAGGAAAAGACAGUAUAUUACCACGUGAUUGCAAGGGAGGAUGCGUCGCUACCAGACGUCCCAGAUUCCUCAGAUAUCCAUGCACGACGGCCGAGUAUCUUCAACACUCCUGUUAAUCAGGUGGCAUGCUUCUGCUUGACGGCUCUUCAAUCCGAGCGGUUCAGCCAUGGUUGGCAGGUAAAAGCAAAGCACGUUUUACCAACAUGGCCAGACCGUCUUGAGGAUACUGGUAGAGACGACAGUAGUGUGAUAGAUGAUGGAGGAAAAG